CUCAUGACGUCGUCAUAAAACAUUUUCUUCAGGACUUCUCUCCUUCCUCACAAAGUCUUCAUCAAACUGCCUCUAUUGUCGCUGCAGAAGUUUCACUGACUGGAUUUUGGUUCUGAGAGAAGAAACUUCAGAGGUGGUAGAAGGUGAGUGUGAGCGGAUGUGAAUUCAACAGCAUGGAUCAGUGUGAGGACAGAGAGGAGGGAGCCCCUCCCUCUAAAAUCACUCGGAGUGAGGAAGAUGAAGCUCAGAGGAUCCAUCCAGAACCUAGCUGUGUGUCCUUCAAGACUAACUGCUCAAAGGAUCCUCCUCUUCAGUUUAAACCUUCUGGACCUCCAUCUUCAGAAAGAGUGGAACAGCAGAACACACAGGUUAACAGUGGUCUGUCUGCCCAUCAACAUCAAAUACAGCUGGACUCCAUAUUUAUGUUGCUGGAGGGCCGAAUUGUCAGUUUUGUGAAGGAUGAGUUGAAAAAGAUCAAGAAGGGUCUGAGUCCCAGUGGCCAGGAAUACCCAGAGAGUCAGAGAGAUGAGAAGGAGGUGGGUGGAGGUAAGGAUGAACAGCAGGAAAGGAGGAGCAGCAGAGAAGCACUGAUGAAGAUCACAGUGAACUUCCUGAGAAUGAUGAAGGAGGAGGAGCUGGCUGACCUUCUGCUGAGCAAACAACCAGGAGUUUGUGAAGAUAAACUUAAAUCAGGUCUGAAGAAGAAGUUCCAGUUUGUGUUUGAGGGAAUCGCUAAAGCAGGAAGUCCAACCCCUCUGAACCAGAUCUACACAGAGCUCUACAUCACAGAGGGAGGAACUGGAGAGGUCAAUGAUGAACAUGAGGUCAGACAGAUUGAAGCAGCAUCCAGGAAACCAAACAGACCAGAAACAAUAAUCAGACCAGAAGACAUAUUUGAUAACUCACCUGGAAGAGAUCAACCAAUCAGAGCAGUGAUGACACAGGGAGUGGCUGGCAUUGGGAAAACAGUCUUAACCCAGAAGUUCACUCUGGACUGGGCUGAAGGCAAAGCCCACCAGAACAUCCAGUUCAUAUUUCCAUUCACCUUCAGAGAGCUGAAUGUGCUGAAAGAGAAAAAGUUCAGCUUGGUGGAACUUGUUCAUCACUUCUUCACUGAAACCAAAGGAAUCAGCAGCUUUGAAGACUUCCAGGUUCUGAUCAUCUUGGAUGGUCUGGAUGAGAGUCGACUUCCUCUGGACUUCACCAACAAGGAGAUCCUGACUGAUGUUACAGAGUCCACCUCAGUGGAUGUUCUGCUGAUAAACCUCAUCAGAGGGGAACUGCUUCCCUCUGCUCUCCUCUGGAUAACCACACGACCUGCAGCAGCCAAUCAGAUCCCUCCUCACUGUGUUGGCAUGGUGACAGAGGUCAGAGGGUUCAACAACCCACAGAAGGAGGAGUACUUCAGGAAGAGAUUCAGAGAUAAGAAGCGAGCCAGUAAGAUCAUCUCCCACAUGAAGGCAUCUAGAAGUCUCUACAUCAUGUGUCACAUCCCAGUGUUCUGCUGGAUCACUGCUACGGUUCUGGAGGAUGUGUUGAAGACCAGAGAGGGAGGAGAGCUGCCCAGCACCCUGACUGAGAUGUACAUCCACUUCCUGGUGGUUCAGACCAAAGUGAAGAAGAUCAAGUAUGAUGGAGGAGCUGAAACAGAUCAACACUGGAGUCCAGAGAGCAGGAAGAUGAUUGAGUCUCUGGGAAAACUGGCUUUUGAUCAGCUGCAGAAAGGAAAGCUGAUCUUCUAUGAAUCAGACCUGACAGAGUGUGGCAUCGAUAUCACAGCAGCCUCAGUUUACUCAGGAGUGUUCACACAGAUCUUUAGAGAGGAGAGAGGGCUGUACCAGGAGAAGGUGUUCUGCUUCGUCCAUCUGAGUGUUCAGGAGUUUCUGGCUGCUCUUCAUGUUCAUCUGACCUUCAUCAACUCUGGAAUCAACCUGAUGGAAGAAAAACAAACAUCUAUGCAGAAUGAACCAAAGUCUCUCCAUCAGACAGCUGUAGACCAGGCCUUACAGAGUCCAAAUGGACACCUGGACUUGUUCCUCCGCUUCCUCCUGGGACUUUCACUGCAGACCAAUCAGAGUCUCCUAAAAGGUCUGUUGACACAGACAGGAAGUAGCUCCCAGACCAAUCAGAAAACAGUUCAGUACAUCAAGAAGAAGAUCAGUGAGAAUGAGUCUGCAGAGAAAAGCAUCAAUCUGUUCCACUGCCUGAAUGAACUGAAGGAUCGUUCUCUGGUACAGGAGAUCCAACAGUCUGUGAGUUCUGGAAGUCUCUACAUAGAUAAACUGUCUCCUGCUCAGUGGUCAGCUCUGGUCUUCAUCUUGGUGUCAUCAGGAGAAAAUCUGGAUGUUUUUGACCUGAAGAAAUACUCAGCUUCAGAGGAGGUUCUUCUGAGGCUGCUGCCAGUGGUUAAAGCCUCCAACAAAGCUCUGCUGAGUGGUUGUUUCCUCUCAGAGAGAAGCUGUGCAGCUCUGUCCUCAGUUCUCAGCUCCCAGUCCUCCAGUCUCAGAGAACUGGACCUGAGUAACAACAACCUGCAGGAUUCAGGAGUGAAGCUUCUAUCUGAUGGACUGGAGAGCCCAAACUGCAAACUAGAAACUCUCAGGUUGUCAGACUGUCUGAUCUCAGAGGAAGGCUUUGCUUCUCUGGUCUCAGCUCUGAGAUCCAACCCCUCCCAUCUGAAAGAGUUGGACCUGAGCUACAAUCAUCCAGGAGAGUCAGGAAUGGAGAUGCUGUCAGCUGGACUGAAGGAUCCAGACUGGAGACUGGAAGAUCUCAGGGUGGAGCCUGCUGGAGAACGAUGGUUGACACCAGGUCUGAAGAAGUAUUCCUGUCAGAUCGACAUCGACCCAAACACAGUGAACAGAAACCUGAAACUAUCUCAAGGCAACAGGAAGGUGACACAUGUGGAGGAGCUUCAGUCCUAUCCUGAUCAUCCAGAUAGAUUUGAUAACUGGCCUCAGCUGCUGUGUAGAACUGAUCUGACUGGUCGGCAUUACUGGGAAGUAGAGUGGAAAGGAAUAGUAGAUAUAUCAGUGAGUUAUGGAACAAUCAACAGGAAAGAUUGCAGUAGAGAUUGUUGGUUUGGAGCAAAGCAGCAUUCCUGGAGGAUCAGAUGCUAUGAUGGUGGUUAUUCUGUUUGGCACAAUAACAUGGGGACAACCAUCCCUUCCCCCUCCUCUGCCUCUAACAGAGUGGCAGUCUAUGUAGACUGUCCUGCUGGCAUCCUGUCCUUCUACAGAGUCUCCUCUGACUCACUGAUUCACCUCCACACCUUCAACACCACAUUCACUGAACCUCUGUAUCCUGGGUUUGGAUUUUUGGGGUCCAAUCUUGGUUCCUGGUUGUUUUUUGCUGAGUUGGAUCAAAAUAAUCUCCUCUUGGUAGAAAAAAACACCCCUUCUCUGUUGAAAUGAUAGUUCAGUCUGUACAUAUCUAUGUCUUUCAUUCAAAACAAGUUGUAUGAUACAUGGGUUAUAACUACACACGACUACAUAAAAUAUAUAACUACCUGAGAUUAUUUCUUUCUUUACUUCUCAAUAACAAAAAAAUCUAUUUCCUAUUACAUCCCUUUUAAUAUUAAUUAUGAGUGCUGAUGUUUUUGUUCUCCCUUUGUAAAGAUAUUCACUCAGGUCAUUAAACACCUGCACAAUGUCUGGGUAAGAUGUAAGAGGGGCUGCUUAGUGUUGGAAAGAGAAGUCAGACUUCUGCAGACUCAAGAUUUAUUUAACGUUUUCAUGUCUUCUUCCACUGUCUGUAUCUUGUUUUGAUUAACCAUAUGUUCACAGCUCUUUCCAGGUUAAAGGCCAAGUUCA